AUGUACAAUGUAAAAAAUGACGAGCGUUGGGUAGUUGGGGUAACCAUGGAGUUCGUUCUCCGUUGGGGCAACCUCGGUGCAAACAGUGCAAAUGAUACAAACACCGAGGUCCCACAUGAAUGGCAGUCCAUCGACGAAGCGUCCCUCGUGCCGCAAGCCAUGCAGACCACGCGAGUACCAGGAAGCCGCUUGCGGCCGGUGGCAGACUCCCUAGAAAGUGUGGGGUUUGUCUCAAAGGGGGACAGAAAGCUAUUCGAUCACUCCGCCCAGGAAGAGUACUUCGACAAGAUCGUCGAGCGGUACAUGCGAUUCUGUGCUCAGCAUAAAGAUAACCUCGAUGCUGCCCUGACUUCGCUCCCCACGAGUGCUUCCAACGAUGUAACAUCGAAUCCAGCGGCCGCUCAGCACGCAACGAAGUCGAGGCCCGCAGAGGGGAGCGGCCCUCCACCAUCGGCGGAGUUAUCCACCCUCCUGCUUUCCCUCCGAAAGUUGCGAGAAGCCGUUCUAGCAACGGCAGCGACAACGCCAGUGAUAUUUUCGCAGCGAGUGCAUAUAUUCUCCAUCCGCUUAUCAAUCCGCGCGCAACAUCCGCCAUCGUAUUUCCCUUCUUUGCGACAUACUCUCGACAGGUUGCAUUCUAAGUCACAUCCACUAGCUGACUGCGAGGUGAAGGAGAUCGUGUCAUACAUGAUACUGGAUUAUGCUUGUCGGCAAUGCGAUAUGGUCUCUGCUUUUGAAUUACGUGCUCGUGCACGAAAGGAAUUCGGCUUCCAAUCCCCAACGAUCGACGAUGUGCUUAACGCAUUGAUGCAUGACAAUUGGGUUAUGUUUUGGCGAGUCCAUAAGACCGUGAAUUCAUACAUUCGCGCCGUGAUGAAUUGGGCCGUGGGUCGAGUCCGCAGGCAAGCUCUCAAGGCAGUCGGCAGUGCGUAUCUUAAUGUUGACAUUAAUUGGAUCUUGGGUGGGUGUACAGGCGACGAAGAGAACUGGACUUGGGAAAAAUUGGUGGAGGUCGAAAAACUCGGCUGGCAAAGGGAAGGGGAUAAAAUCAUCAUCAGACGCCCGAAACCGCGACCCCAACCGAAUAAGUAG